CUGGCUGCCAGGUGCGUUUGCUUUCUCCAUCUCACUGAAUUCUUUUUCCUAAACAUAUCGAUCCUGAACAUCGUAUGUUUAGGGAUCAGCAUUCAUUGGAGCUUAUUGUCUCAUUGUCAUGCCUUCCAUUAUAUCACCAACCACAGCUUCUCAGAAAACAAUGACAACCAUGGGCAAGGUGUUGGUAGUGGCUGGGUCGGAUCCCUCUGGCGGCGCCGGUCUUGAAGCCGAUCAAAAGGUCCUGGCGGCUCACAAGUGCUAUGCCAUGACGGCCACUACGGCGCUGACCGUUCAGAACACAAAGGGCGUCACUGGUGUGCAUAUUGUGCCGGCGGAUUUUGUUGCAAGCCAGAUUGAAGCCGUCGCCGCGGAUAUUGACAUUGAUGUCCUGAAGACUGGCAUGCUUGGGUCUGAAGAAACCAUCAUUGCCCUAGCGGAAAAGAUUGUCAAGCUGAGCAUGCCCAUUGUCGUUGUCGAUCCGGUCAUGGUGUCCACGUCCGGAAGCCAACUGCUCCCUCAGUCCGCCGUGCAGACCCUCUCUACGCAUCUAUUACCACAGACUACUCUGCUUACGCCAAAUAUUCCCGAGGCCAUUCUUAUUCUCAAGCAAAAUGGUCGUCCUGUGCCGGAAAUCAAAUCUGUCGCCGAUAUGGAGGCCAUUGGCAGAGAAUUACAAAAGCUCGGUCCUAAAUGGGUUCUCGUCAAGGGCGGCCAUGUUCCCCUCAAAAGCGAUCUAACGGCCGCUGAAACUGAUGCUGACAGGGUCUUCGUGGUUGACGUCUUAGUUGGCCCCGAGGACCUCGUCGUCAAGAUUCAGGCCUCGUGGCAAGAGAGCACGAGCACGCAUGGAACAGGCUGCUCGCUUGCUUCUGCCAUCUCUGCCAACCUUUCCAACAAGAUGGACGUUCCCAGCGCCGUAAGAUCGGCUUGUCGCUACGUCGAGGCUGGUAUCAAGACGGCACCUCGCAUUGGACAGGGUAACGGACCGCUAAACCAUUUCCAUUCCAUCUCUUCGCUGCCAUUCUCUCCGGGUUACUUUAUGGAAUACCUCCUCUCCAGAGCUGAUGUUUGCAAAGUCUGGGAUGAGUUUGUCUACCACCCAUUCGUGAUGGGCCUCGGCAAUGGCUCUUUGCCACUUGAUUCUUUCAAGGGAUACAUUAUUCAAGACUACUUGUAUCUUGUUCACUUUUCCAGAGCCAACGCUUUAGCAGCAUACAAGUCAACAAAUAUCAAGGACAUUGCAAGGUCUACUGAAAUUGUUAAUCAUAUUGCUCGUGAAAUGGACCUCCACAUUGGCUACUGCAAGACAUUUGGCAUCUCGGAGGCGGAAAUCGCCGCCACGACAGAACUUCAAGCCUGCACUGCGUAUACACGCUAUGUUCUAGAUAUUGGCAUGAGCCAAGAUUGGCUGGCGCUGCAGAUGGCCCUGGCGCCAUGCUUACUCGGCUAUGGCGCCGUCGCUCAAAUGCUGUUAGCACACAAAGAUACAGUGAAGGACUCUAAAUCGAACAUAUACUGGGCGUGGAUAGAAAACUAUGCUGCCGAGGACUAUACAGAGGCUGUUAGAUUGGGGUCUGAACUCAUUGAAACCCAUAUCCGCACUUGCUCUCCUGCAAGAGUAGAAGAAUUGAUUCAAAUAUUUAUUCAUGCUACCCGGAUGGAAAUCGGAUUCUGGGAGAUGUUUCCAGCAAUACAAUCGCAAAUCUAGGAUGAAAAGGUUCAAGUAUAGAAACAAGGCUAUAUAUGUAUAAUAUUUAUCGAAAUAUGUAAAUGAGGGAAAGACAGACGGGCUAGCUCCACGUAGGAGCCAGCCCGCUGGUCCAAAGAAGCUAUUACUACAAUCCAUUUCUGCUGUCUUAUAUCUUUUAGAAGUAUAAAAUGAUCCCUAGUCCUUUCCUACUGGUCAAUAUACAUUUGAGCAGAGAUGUCCUUCACAUGGCUGAACCAAUGUAGUCGCCCCGCGAGUCCACUACUCGUCUGGGCUCCUGACCAUCUGGCCGCAUCAUAUUGUACUGCUGUUCAGGAGGGAUGUUAGGCAUGAGUGGGGUAGACGCAUCAUUGCCCUGCGACGAUGAAGGUUUGGAGGAUGUUCCUGUUUGGUGUCGAACCCAUGAAUUGACGGUUCUGAAACGAGGGGUGGUGUCGUCUGAGAGUGCCGAUACCGCAGAAACCAUAGUUUCCCGGCUAACGGAAUGGCCAUCAGUGAUGCUGCUGACCCGACUGAAGCGAAUCAAGUUGGGUUCAAAUUCUUCACUCAAGCUGCUAACUUGGCUAGAGCGACGAAGAGGAGAGGGGAGCGGCUUAACGGCAGCAGGCGGGACAAUGAUGUCACCAUCGCCAAAACCAGAUGAUAGCGAUGACAGAUUACUGGUGCGUGCUGAUUCGGUCACAGCUAUGGUAGGGAAAGUGAAUGUAGUCGCAUCGGGUACAGCACCAGGAACUGUGGGUUUGGCAGCAUGCAAGAUAUGCUUUGGUACAGGAGGUGCUGGCUCAGGUGCUUUGCUCACAUCAACCUCGCUGGUUCGGGAAAAUGUGGUCUCAACGGCGAUGCCGCCAGUGGUUUCCGCCAUCGUGGCUUGACCAUGGCCGUUAUAAGCUGUAACCAUAGCCCGCUUUUCAUCGAAGAUGUCGGCGGUGCCGUCACCCAAGUUGUUCCAUCCUUUGUUAUUGGAGAGACGGGCACCAAGCAGGGGAAUCUUAGCAGCAAUAGCACCAAACUUGCUUGGCUUGCCAUGCGAUACUGAUCGUGAUUCAGGGUCCAUAAGCCACGAGUCUCCAGCACUGUAUUGACUGCCCCGGUAGUUCCUGCGACGUCGUCGACGAAGAAAGAACAAGACUAGACCGGCAAUCAUGAGAAAUCCAACUACACAGUCACCAUUAGUAUACAGCUUCAAGCCAGGCACAAAUAUAACUUACAAAUAACAGAAACUGAAAUGAUGGCUUUUUGAGCGUUACCACUGAGACCAGGCGAGCCAGUAUCAAUGAUAAGGUGACCAUGGCUAUCAGUCUGGGUUGGGAGGGGACGGCCAGUAGUGGGAGUAUUGCCAUUGGCAGGUAUUCCAUUGGCAGGUGUUCCAUUAGCGGGUUUUCCGUUAUGUCCGUCUUCGGUCGAUGAUCCAGGCUGUGUGCUUCCAGUAGAUCCUUCCCCAGUACUAGCAGCUGGGUCAGGGCGAAUCGCACUGAACGGCGAGCUACCGUCUGUGGGUGAGGGGCCAGGAACAGGAGCGGCGGACUGGCCAUUAGGCAUGGUAACCUGAGGGUUCGUAACCUUAGAGCCCGAGCCAGGAGACUUCAUAGCAAUGAUUUCAUCCCCUUUCGACUUUCCAGGAUUAUCACCAUUCUUGCCUCCGCUAGUAUUGCUUCCAUCGCUAGAGCCGUCAGUGCCGGGAGAUGUUUUACCAUCGUUUGAUUGUCCGUCGCCCUUGUUGUUAGGGUUACUCCCUCCGUUGGGUGGAUCAUGCUUCUCACCAGAUGCUGGUGGCGAGUUCUACGUUGCGUUAGUA